GGGAGCUUCAUUUUCUGAUCUGCUUUUGUGCUAAAAUGGAGGCUGGCCUCUCGCCCUGAGUGGAGCGCCUUCCUGGUUGAGGUUUAGAUGUUGACAUGCAAUAAAUCUGGAGACAGGAUGGUUGUGGAUGCGCCGAACUCCAAUGGGCCCUUUCAGCCGCUGGCUCUUAUGCACUUCAGAGAUGUGGCCCCCGCUGAGCAGGAGAAGCUCUUCAUCCAGAAGCUACGACAGUGCUGCGUUCUUUUCGACUUCCUGUCUGACCCACUGAGUGACCUAAAAUGGAAGGAGGUGAAGCGGGCGGCGCUGAGCGAAAUGGUGGAGUACAUCACCCACAACAGGAAUGUCAUCACAGAGCCCAUCUACCCAGAGGUGGUGCACAUGUUUGCAGUGAACAUGUUCAGAACAUUGCCUCCAUCAUCUAACCCCACCGGAGCAGAGUUUGAUCCGGAGGAAGACGAGCCGACGCUGGAAGCGGCGUGGCCACACCUUCAGCUCGUCUAUGAAUUUUUCCUUAGGUUUUUAGAAUCGCCCGACUUUCAGCCCAACAUAGCAAAGAAAUACAUCGACCAGAAAUUUGUUAUGCAGCUCCUAGAACUAUUUGACAGUGAGGAUCCCCGAGAAAGAGACUUCCUCAAAACUACCCUCCACAGGAUCUAUGGAAAGUUCCUGGGGCUGAGAGCGUACAUCAGAAAACAAAUCAAUAACAUUUUCUAUAGGUUUAUCUACGAGACAGAGCACCACAACGGUAUAGCUGAAUUACUGGAAAUACUUGGAAGCAUAAUCAAUGGAUUUGCCUUACCACUCAAAGAAGAGCACAAAAUUUUCCUGUUGAAGGUGUUAUUGCCUCUGCACAAAGUCAAAUCACUUAGUGUCUACCAUCCACAGCUGGCUUACUGUGUGGUGCAGUUUUUGGAAAAGGACAGCACUCUAACAGAGCCGGUGGUAAUGGCUCUACUAAAGUACUGGCCAAAGACGCACAGUCCCAAGGAAGUGAUGUUUCUCAACGAGCUGGAGGAGAUCCUGGACGUCAUUGAGCCCUCUGAGUUUGUCAAGGUGCAGGAGCCUCUGUUCAGACAGCUGGCCAAGUGUGUGUCCAGCCCGCACUUCCAGGUGGCAGAGAGGGCUUUGUACUACUGGAACAACGAGUACAUCAUGAGUCUGAUCAGCGACAACGCGGCCAAGAUUCUGCCGAUUAUGUUUCCCGCUCUGUACCGAAACUCAAAGACCCACUGGAACAAGACCAUUCAUGGCCUCAUCUACAACGCUCUGAAGCUCUUCAUGGAGAUGAAUCAGAAGCUCUUCGAUGAUUGCACACAGCAGUUCAGGGCUGAGAAAAACAAAGAGAAGGCGAAGUUGAAAGAACGCGAGGAGGCUUGGAUUAAGAUCGAGAACCUCGCAAAGUCAAAUCCACAGUUCUCUGUGUAUGUUGAUUCCUCUGACCUCACUAGUCCUGUAGCAAUGGAGACGGAUGUCCCUUUGAUAGAAGAUGUUCAGAGGUUAAAAAAGACAGUUGAGGAGAGCGCGACUCAGUUGCAGCACGAGCAGCGGAAAGAGCGACCCAUGAUGCGACGCAAGUCUGAGCUGCCUCAGGAUAUCUACACCACAAAAGCCUUGGAGUCCCACCGCAGAGCUGAAGACAUGUUGACCGCCCACGACGGACUCUAGGUGCCGCCCUCUGCCAGCUCUUGGUUCAACAACUGCCCCCGUUUUACCCUCCUCCCCGACGGCCAUGGACAUCCUCUUGGUUACACUGGUGACCCAUGCUGGGCUCUUAUCCUUCAUCGUCCGUUUACCCAGAAUCCUUGGUUCUCCUUCAUUCCUGCUCCCCACACACACACACACAGUGCAGAAGCUCUGUAUUUACCUCCCUCAGAUUUCUGCUUUCUCAGGUUUUUUUUUGUUGUUGUUGUAGGAGAGGUGUGCGUGCGUGCGUGCGUGCGUGUGUCAUUUAGCCCUCGCCUCACUGUCACUUCCUCUCACUUGGUUCCUGAAAUCCCGUCUUUCACGAAAACGUGUUUCCCACAUGACGUUUGUGCUGUCUGACACACUGUGUAAGGAUCAUGUGAUGGUCUCUCUCUCUCUCUCUGCUUAGGUUUUCUUUUUCUGUCAAAGGGAACAAAUACGGAGCUUUUCUUUGCCAUCUGUUGUUUUAUUUAUUUUUCUUUCUCUUCUUGUUGUUGCUUAAUUUAAUGGACAUCUCACCAGUGCCAAGACUGUUGUGUUCUCUUGUUUGUUUCCGUGACUAUGACGAGGACAUUUGACCUUUUGUUUCCGGGUCACUGGAUGUUGUUUUUUUGUCAUUUAGCACACUUAAGACCAAACUGAGGCCUGGCCUUAGCCUUGCAAUGUCUACAAAAAAAAGAUGGCAGUCAAAGGGGAAGUUGUCCUGUGGACAUCUGACACUUUCCAUUUUUUAUUAUUAUUAUUUUGUGCCAUAUGUCGCUCUUUUUUUAUAUAUAUAUAUCUAUAUAGAUAUAGAUAGAUAUAGAUAUAUAUAUAUGCUUGCUUCCUUAACGGUCAUCAGCUAAUGUUUGAGAACCAGACCAUAGUGAUUCCUGGACGGUUCAAACAACGGUACUUGGAGGAAGAAGCCGGAAUGAAAGCUGUGUUUAUGAAUUUCCGCGUUCAUCAUGUUUGAUUUGGGGCUGUAAAGUACGACGGGAGCGUUCGGGGUUAAAAAGCUGAAAAGAAGAGGAAUGAAGGAAUGCUUAAAUGUUUUUGUUGGGAAGAAAGAACCGCACAGACUUUGGAGGAAAACGGCGGGUCAAUUUUAGAAUUAAAAUCUCGUUAUAUUACGACUUCAUCCUCGAAAGAUUGUCCUUUGUCGUCGAGCCGUCGUAUGAGAUAAAGAUUUUUUUUUCUAAUUGGUAGAAACUCAGAUUCUGAGCGCUUCCUUUAGUGUAAAGGCGUGGCAUGUUUGUGUUGCUACCAUUCCUAAAUUCAGUCGUGUGUGUGUGUUGGGGGGGGUUUUGUGUAUCUGAUAAUUCCUGAGUGAGUGAAGUCGCAUCUUCCAGUCAGUACCAUUGUUUAAACUGAGGGGGGGUCUGCUAGAUUUCUUCAUAUUUGACGUGUUGUAUUCCCCACUUGUCUCGUUUCUGGAGGUUUGUAGCGUGGAUGUCAGGUUUCACAUUUUUCCGUUUGUUUGUUUUUUUUUGUUUACCCCCCCUCCCGGCCAUUCAGAUACCCCCCCUCCCCCCCCAACGCUGAAACAGACUGGUAUCAGACGGCCACAAAAAUGCCAGAUGCUGAAAAAUAAACUGACAUUGUGACUUGGCUUGUUAAUUGUAUUAAUACUGUAUUUGCUUGAAUGCAAAAAGUUGUAAAUUAAAACUUACCAUGUUAAACAUGUA